UCGAAUGUCUGACACCGGCGAGGGAGGUUGUUUGUGUCCCGUUUUCCUGUCAAAUACUCACAAAAAUCAUCUAUGCAAGGGAUAUUUAACUUACCUCAUUGAACUGUAGAUUCUGCGAACAACUAAGAAUGGGAAGAUGAUUGUUGUGGCGAGCCAGCACGUAGACCUUAGCUCUGACUGCAAGUACGACCAGGAUCUGCUCUUGUGACGCUCAGACAUAGACAUGAAUCAGUUUGUGCUGUAGUGACAAGAAAACCCUCCAGCCUCAAGAAUGGGCCAGUGCACAAGUGGGGAGCUCCCUCCGGCCAACCAAGAUGGUGUUGAUGGAGAAAUAGUUACUGAACGUCGUUUGUCGCUAGCGGAGAACAUCUCUGAGAAAACGUCCAACCGGAAGUUCCUGCGGCGUCGAUCUUCAACAACAUCGUGGGUCAGCUCAAAAUUCGGCAGAGGGCGGAAGGCCAGGGACUUGUCGGCAGCUUUCAAUCUCUUGGACUAUGAUGCAAAGAUUAAUUUGGUGAACAUCAAUACUGCCCCAGAGGAAGAGCUCAUGACUCUUCCUGGAGUGUCGAGGUCAGUGGCUAAAAAUAUUGUCGAUUACCGCAAUACGAUUGGGGGCUUCCGGAGAGUCGAAGAUCUGGCGCUAGUGUCAGGCAUUGGCGCCAACAAGUUGCAGAAUUUUAAAAAUGAAAUCACGGUCAAAAAGAAAUCUUCCAGUCGUUCCUCUUCCCGAACUCAGAGUGUAGAUUCACUGAGUUGCGAGUCAAUCCGGUCACAGAGAUCACAAUCCCAGUCACAAGGAGGCCGCAGUAUACGUGGUUCACCAGUGAGAGUCAUAAAUGUUAAUGCGGCAUCUAUCUUUGAACUCAUGAACGUGCAUGGGAUGAAUCAAGAAAUGGCAGCCAAUAUUGUUGAACACAGAGAGAGGAAAGGUCCAUUCAAAAGUAUCGACGACUUGGUGAAGGUGAGAGGAAUCAACAGCCGGGUCCUGAGCAUCCUCAAGGUCUAUUUGACUCUUAACGAUCUAACGCCUUCCUCGCCACCCUUGAGCGAUGUCACUUCCGUAGCGAGCUACAGCAAGGUCUACCAACGGAACCUCGAUGGGAAGUUGUCAGGUCAUCGCAGAACCCAUUCUGCACCACUAGACAGUGAGGACACAACAGGGAGAAUUUCCAGCAGUUUGCAAAGUGGUGAUCCAAGGAUGUCAGUGGACUUCUACACAGAGAUUUUUGAACUCCUUUCAGUGAAGUCUGAGCGGCCCAUUGUAAGAGACGUAUUCCAAGGACAGCAUAAUGGACGUCCAGCGAUUAGAAUUGCCACAUGGAACCUCCAGGAGUUGACGAAAGAAAAGAUGUCCAAUCCUGGGGUGCUGGAAGUGAUCUGUCGCACAGUGUUAGAGAAUGGGUUUAGUAUCUUGGCUAUCCAGGAAGUGGGAAGCAAAGACGUUUUAGAGAAAAUCUGCUCGGAACUGAACCAAAGCAGCUUGCGUCGUGUGCGUGAAUGGGGAGGCCCUAAGGGAGAGUGGCGAUGGCAGGUGUCAGAGGAACCAGCGGGAAAAAUGUUCCAGGGUUCGGAAUAUGCAGCCUUUAUAUACAACGUUCGUCAUAAUGUUCAACUUUUGUCUGCUUGUCUUCUUAAUGUACACAACAACAACAACAAAAAAGCCAAUACAUCUUUUACAAGAAAACCAUACCUUGGCUAUUUUAAGGCAAACAAUCUAGACUUUGUGGUGGUCGGCCUCCACAUCAAGCCUGUCAGCCUCAAUGGAAAGAAAAAUGAAUUAAACGAUACCUUGGUGGAGGUAGAGGACAACGACAACAGCAACGGCAAAGACAAGGGCGAGAAUCAAGUCCUAAGAGAGAGCACUGACAGGAAAAUCUCUCAGCUGGGCCCCCUCGUCACGGCUCUCAAGGAGAAGCUGAUUAACGAGAGGGAGAUUAUCCUUCUCGGGGAUUUCGGCAUGCAUCCUGAUAACAAGGCUUUUGAUGUAUUGCGAGAAACAUCCUACACCAACAUUGUGCCAGCUGACACCUUUACCAACAUCAGUGCAAAGAACAACCAGGGAACUAACUGUUAUGACAACAUCUGGCUAAAUCCGCACACAAGAAGUGUAUAUACAGGUAACUGGGGUGUUGUUCGAGAAGGCAUGAGUCACUUGGCGAUCCCUCGAGGCUGGUUAUGGGGUGGGAUGGUGAGCAAUCACUGCCCUGUGUACUGUGAUCUCUACUCUAAUGUCAGUCCCAAUUCAAGUCAACAGGGCAGCUUGCAGCUCAGCAGAAACAUGGGAGAGGUUUUGAGAGAUGAGUGAUGCUGUUGAGAGCAGUAAACCAAGGAUGAAUAAAGUUGAACAUAGCUGUUGAAAAGAGCCAUAGAAUGAACAAGAAAAUAGAUAUGAGAAUGGAAUUGAAGAAUUUAGUAGCCCUAGUCUAUGUGUGAGCAGACUGAGCAAAUUUUCAGAUGCUCGUAACUGACACUUCAGUCGAAGAUCUCAGGGUUUGAAUUAGAAAUCCCAGUUGCGUUCCACUCUUGUAUCUUUUUGAUUCUGAUUUACUCAGGACAUUUUUCAUUCAUGGAUUGUUACAAGUGGAAAAGGUUGGGAUAUUGCAGUCCAAUCUCAAAGUGUACUCUGUAGGUCUGCUUUGAAAAUUUGCUGUUUUUUACAGCUUUGAAGCAAGGAGUGUUGACACAUCCAGCAGUAACAAUAGAAAUUGUUUAACACAAAAGGUGGCAUCCUUCAAUAUAAUUCCUCAUCUCUUGUUGGACUUCAGUCUUAUUUGUCCUCAUUGCUAAUCAUCCUAUUCACCUUUGGUAUUUGUAAGUUGCCUGUGAUUAUUUUGGUAACAGCAUCAUAGAACUUUAUCGGGAGAAGUGGAACAACAUAUUGUUCAUUGGAAUAUUUGUUUGCAAGUUGUUGGGGUUUAUUCAUAUCCACUGUGAUAUUCUUGCUACCUGUGGUACAGUGAACGUGCUCAGGUUUUGCCACUGUAAUCAGUUGCUCUGAGGUAGAAACUUUUAAGAACUUUAGAUUAAAGAGUGGGAUGUUCGUGUUGUCCAGACAAAGACUGCUACAACGUCACUGAUCUCUGACUUGCCUUGCUGGUUAGCAUGUCAGUUUUGCAUGUUUUAAGGUGCAAAUUUUUAUGCAUUUUUUGUCAGAGGGAUUUGAUUUUUUUUUUAGAUUUAUAUGAAAUUUGGUCAUUUUGUGAGGACUCCUUUUUUAAAAGAUUGAGCUGAUAUCAGAUACAGUUGAAAUGUAUUCUUCCUUUUUAAAUUCAUUUAUUUAAUUGUUUGUUUACCAUUGCCCGUAAAAUUAGAUUUAAUCACUUUUUCAAAAAUGUGUAAUUGUGACAAGAUUAAUCUAUAUCAGACUGACAAAUUGUGAGUGAAGAGAACAUUUCAAAUUAUUGUAUACAUACAGUCAGGAUAUUUUUCUUGUUUGCAUUUGCCCUGUUUAGGAGCUGUUCAGAAAUCACAAUAAUAUGUGUUCAUCCCUUUUGAGUUUGUUAUAUUGUUUUAUCGUAUGGGAAGCCGGUAACAUUUUGACCGGUUUUUGCAUUUUCAUUUCCCUUUGGAGCCAUAUUGAUCAGAUGUUUUUAGUGAUAUUGCUUGAUCAGUAAUUUUUUACUGAAAGUUAUGUAUUUGAAUUGUGUGAUUGGCAUUCAGUCUUGUGUAUAUAUGUAUAAAAUGCUCUUUUAUUUAGCGAUUAAAGUGUAUAAUACUAAAAUUACAACAUAUUCAAGUUAAGUUCAAGGAGGAUGUGUGUAUUACAACUUGGGAGGACGGUUGACAUUUUUAAUAGAUUUUAUGAAGACAAUAUACACUUAGGACAGUUAUUACAAAGGUACUGAUUAUUGUAAAUAAUAAUAUAUAUGAAUCAUAGAUAUUUAUUUAAUGUGUUCUGUAUUUAUUGACUAGCUUUUCCUUCAUAUUAUUCUAUUUUUGUUUAUUACUACUUUUUUUUCAUUACAUUAUCAAGUCAUUCAUUUAAAGAAUGUCAUUUCUCCACUCAGUCUGGCAGACUUAUUGUAACAGCCACCAAAACAAAAUUUUCUCAACAAAGCAUGGCUCUCUCACCAUUUAUCAUUAGAAAUGUUUGUGUGAUUGAGUCCCAUUAACUGCCCAUUAAUGGUGAGCUCUUUGACAGUUUUUUUUUCCUUCUUCCUUCUUACCUUCCUACCUGAUCCCUAAUGCUGUAUCUUUCUGUUUUAUGACAUUGCCAUUAUAUGUCUCAAAUUCUGCAAUUUUUGAUCCAUUGAGACUGGGAGUGUAUGCAGACAUGGCCUCUCUGUUGUUUUUUCUCUUGAUACACAUAUUAUAGAGUAAAUCACGUAAGUUCUUGUAAAUCCAUCUAUAUGAUAUGAUUUACAAAAUAGACAGUGCAUAUACCCGCCACCAACAAGAUGAUAGGUCUCUUGUGCUAGAAAUUUUCUAUUUUGAUGUAUGCAAUGAACUGCCAUGUAAUUCUUUCUUUCUUUUCUGCUUUUUGUUUUCCAUGUAUUUGUGUAUGGUUCUGUGGCUAUGCAGAAAUGUAUAGGAUUACUGGUAUGGGGUACUUACACAAUUUUUGUAUAUGACAUUUGUGGUCUCAAAGUGUCUUCUGAUACUUUUGUGCAUAUAUUUUUUAGGAGGUUCUUAAGGGAACUGGGUCAUACUGUAUGUGAUUUUUAUCUAGCCAGUGAUAUAUGGUGCUUUAACUUCAGUUGCAGUAUUGGUAAGAAAGUGCAACAUUUUAGCCUUUGUGAUGUACAAAUUUUUAUAAGCUUUCCGUAAGCAGUUGUACUCUGAUGGUCUUGUCAAUAUUACAGUGGUAAUAUGCAUUAUCUAUAGAGUGCUGAGGAGACCCCUUGGAAAGUCUUUGGCUUGUAGAUUUAUGCAUAGACGUUAUGGAAAGGUUUGUAGUUAGGUAUGUUCUAUUGUAGCCUAAGUAUAAUGACAUUUUGAAUGAAUCUUGCAAAAGUUUCACAGACAAAAUUAAAGGAAUAUCAUAUUGUAAUAUUUAAUAAAUUACUCUAUUUAUUGAUUUGGUGGUGAUUAUGCUUUUUUUCUUUUACUUUGGUACACUUUCAGAAAGAGAAAGAGCUGUAACAAUUUUGUGCCUUUAUUCCAUUGUAUGUGAAUUCUUUUUAUUUAAACAAAUAAUAUUUGAACUUUUUCUUUUUUUCCUCUAUGUUUUGAAGUUUUAUUUCUUCUCUUGUGUUUCUUACAUCUCACAUUUUUAUCUGUAUACUUUAUAUCAUAUGAUGCCAAUGAUAUGAAAAAUUUAGAUUGGAAAUGCACACAUGCUUGAACAUUAUUAUUUUCUAGCAUAGAAGAUUUUGGAAUUAUAGUGAAUGAUUAAAUUAAUUUGACUGGAAGCUUAUUUAUUUAUAUAAAUUUCUAUAGUGAUCUUUGUUAUUGCAUUAUGCUAAUGUAGUUUAAAGAAAACACUACUAUUAUUGUCACAUAUUUCUUAUGCUCUUAUCAUUUUUUUAUUUAUAAUUAUUAUUAUUUUUUAAAAUGUUUUGAAUAUUCUUCUUCCUUCUCUUUUUGUAACAUGCUUGCCAUAUUUGGUUGUGAUAAAGCUUCAGCAUAGUUGGUUGUGAAAAAUGCUUUGUCUGCUCUAGGUGUUUAGAAAUGGGUGUUGUGACUGUAAAGAAAAUCAUGAUAUAUCAAGAAAAGAAAGAAAACUUGAGAAAAAGAAAGAAUUGCUCUAAAAACUAAGAAAGACAGACCCCCCUCCCUAAAAAAAAGGAUAAGAAGGAACAAGCUCAUGAUUUAAAAAGAGGGAAAAGGCAAAGGAACGGAAAAAGAGAAGCAAAGAUAUGAGUGUAGUUUGAGAAACUAAGAUUUGAAAAAAACACAAGAAGGCAAGUGAAGAAACGAGUCUCUUAUCCUUUGUUGAAGUGCCUUUUGAGAUUUUGUGAAAGGAGGUUAAGAAAUGUGCAUUUUGCAGAAAGCUGGAAAGUAUUGCUGUCAAGAAAUUGAAGGGAGGUCUCCGAGGUUGCUUAUUUGAAGGGUUUGGUUGAUGCGUUUGUUUAGGGUGCUGUGGUUAGGUUCUUUGUGACUGGACUGUGAACAUUUGUGCAGGAUUUUUCUCUCUUUCUUUCUCUUUACCUGGUUUUGUCUUUCUUCUUUUUUGUUUUGUUUGCUUGAUGAUCCCCAUGAAAAAAGGUUUUGAUUUAUCUCUGCCAAAGACUGAUAUUUCUAUUGUAAAUGAAGAUAGACAAAGCAGUUGUUAUUGAGAUGGAGCAAAUCAAAGAAAUGAUAAAUGUUUGAAGAAUAGCCAUCACAGGUGCUUCAUGUUCACUUAUCAUUUGUAUGAAAUUAUUGAUUGACAUUAGACCUUCAAUAUUGUGAAAUUUGGUUUCAUUUGGUUUCAUACAAAAUGCUAAUCUAUUCUUUGCAAAAUUGUAUCAGAAAGUGUAUCUAGAAAGCUGGUUGAGAAAGGGAGAGUUAUAUCUAUUAGUGUUAUCAUUGUCAGAUCUUUUCUUUGUAUUUAUUUUACCUAGCAUCACAAUUGUUAGUAAAGUAGCUCUUACCUUUCUUGACAGCUAUAAGAAUGGUUGGUUGGUAGUGGUUUGAUUCCAGAAGAGGAGGGAUGUUGAAGCUAUAUUAUGUUCAUGUUUGUGUGUUGUAACAGCUGUUGUGUGUAGAUGUUACUGUAUGUUGGGCCCUCCCUUCCUUGUUGCCAAGGAAUACCAUAGUUAUGUCAGGAAAGGAAUAUAAAGUUCUAGCUCUUUGUGUUUCAGUUUACCAUGACAAACGGCUCACACUCAAUAAUUUAGGUCUCAGUGUGUGCCAGCCUGUAGUAAUGCUGCUUUUCUGUCUCCAUCUUUAUCAUUUGACAAUCAUUUUACUCAGUAUCAAGCAGUUACUCAGUUAUGAUUCAGCAGAAAUACUUAUUCCUUUCUUUAAAUCAAGAUGGUGAUGUUUGAUUUUCACUUAGAUAUAUUUGUGGAUUUGUCCUCUUGUGUGGGUGUUUUAGGCAACAGUGUAUGGCAACUAAAUUAUGUAGCUCAAAGGUAUCUUGCCAUGCAAUUCCAACUGCCUUGUGCCUUGAAAUGUGAAAGAUGUUUGAUUUGUGAUAGGGAACCAUGUCAGCUAUUGCAGACAUAGUAAUGAUGAAGUUGCAGGGAAUAUGAAACAGUUUGUGUCGUUUUAUUGUACACUGUUAGAUCUUAGUCUAAUGAGUUUUAAAACCCGUAGAAGCUAUACAAAAUAAGUUUUAGUGUUUGUAUUAAAGAUAUGGUUAAUCAAUCUACUCCUCUAGCAUGGGUGGAGUUUUCAACUUGUCAUGAUUUAUACUGUUCCAAUAAUCUUUGUUAAGAGCAUGUCUUGGUCUGUGAUCCUUGAUAGCCCACCAUCCAAGCAGAAAAGAUCUUUGCCAUCAGAAACAGUAGAGGGAAACUGGUGUAAUAAAUGCUAUUAAGUAAUGUAGUGAAGAACUAAGCUUCAGCCCCUUUAUUAUUUAGUUGUUAACAAAACAACCAAUAGAAGUGCAGGAAAACACAAUUAUUAUAUCACUUAACUGCUUCAUUAGUUAUUCCGGGAUGUAGCAACUACACAAAAAGGUCUUCAUUAUGAUUAUGGUUCAUCGCUUUCUGGUGUAGUCUGAAGAGGUUCGUCAUAAAUCUUGUACAGUAUUUGUAGGUACAAUGAUGGUAUAUAAAGAAAGAUAUUGUCAUCUGAAUGUAAUUGCUCUCCUUUAUUUUUGUAUUUUAGAUUUUCAUGAACAAAGUUUUUCACAUCUUGUCUUGUCAUCCUGUUUUUUGUUUUUCUUCUUUCACUAUCCCUUCUUUUAUCUUCUUUUUUCUUUCUUUCCUGUUAAUGAAGACCUUUUUUUGGUUCUUGACUUUGUUUUUGAGUUUGUUCGUAGAUCUUUUCCUUUUUUGUCAUUUUCAUUUUGUUCUUUCCAGGAACCAAUAAUCUAGGUUUAUUUAUAAAUGCAUUAAUUAGAUUAUAAUUUGAUUAGAUGAUUUCUCAUUUAUUGUUUGAGAAUUAGUCCUUCUAUAGGAAAACUAUGAUCAGCACAGGGAGAAAAGGGAAGUUUUUACAGAAAGAAAGAUAUAAAAAUAUAGAAGAAAUAUCAAAAUGAGAAAAUUUCACUUCGACAAAUGUACUAGUAUCAUUGUUGGAUAUUAUCUUUAUCAUUAUUAUUAUCAUCAUCAUUAUUGCUAUCAUAAUCAUCAUCAUUAUCAUUAUCAUCAUCAUGAUUAUCAUUUUUAUCAAUAUUAUUAUUAUAAUUAUUAUUAAUAUUGUUCAUUUCGAAAUAAGUUUAGUCCAUUGAAUGUUAGAUACCUUGUAUUUGGUUUUUACUCUUUUUCAUGUUUGAAGUUGACUUCCUCUUAAGGAAAUAUUUGUAUUCUGUGAUUUUUGAGGUGUACUGUAAGCUGUUGAGUCAAUAUAUAUAAUUUUGUAAUCCUUUUUGGUGGAAAUGAACAUUUUCUUUUAUUUACACAUAUUAGGCCAUAUUCAGAUGGGAAAAAAAUAUUUAUUUGUGGAGUGUGACGGUUGGGAUACAUUUGUUAUGGCAGCUUCCAACCCUAUGCUUUUAGCCGUUCUUGCCUUAGUAGACUACAAAUGAAUAGUUUUCUUUGCACUGAAACGCAAUUUUGUUUAAGUACUUUGAAUAAAACGUGCAAUUGUAAAAGAGCAUUUAUAAGUAAUAGAAGGUCCACAGUUUCCUAUGAAUAUUUAAAUGCUUCGGCUCUCUUGCCAAAGAGAAGGAUGAAUGACGCAAUCCAAGAGUGGUCUCAAGGGCAGUAUUAACUCUUUCAGUGUUUGGACUUCAAAACGUCAGGUCAUAUUGUCAAGCAGUGCUAACUAAAAUAUGUAUUUUGAAGAAAUUAUAUUUUCAAAGAAA